UCAAAUAUCAGUUUUAAGACAGUCUUUUUACACUAAACUUAUUAAUCCAUGUCUAAAUUGACAGCUGAAAUUUGUCUUCAAUAUAAAAUGUCAUUAAAGACAUAUAUGUAUUUUCUUGAAUCAAUAUUUGUAACCAGAUUACUGAAAUACUCUUCCAUUUGUAAUAAUAACUUUAAAGACUUAUUCUUUGCAAUUUCACCUUCAUUAAAGGUCACAGUAACCUUUAUUACAGAGUGUAACACAACCUCAUCUGAGAUGCAUUAUCUGACAAAGUUUAGUGAUUCUUAAAGUAACAGAUUUUUAAGAAAUGAACGAGAUAAGAUUUUGUCAUGUAUAACAAUUACCAUGCAUAAUAACCAUCGAUCAAUAAUAAGUUAGUUGAAAAUAACAAAAAAUCUGAAGAAAGUUUUAUGAGCGAAUCAUUAAAACACUGAUGUCUUUAUUAUUUUCAAAAAGAACAAGAGAGGAACUGCCCUUUCUUCAAACCGAAAGUAGAAUCCUUGGUUUUCCAGUUUACAUUCAAUUUGAUAUCUUCUAUUAACUAUGAGCAAUAGGGAAAAUAAAUUCAUACCUUGAGAGAAUAUGAAUGAUUUACAGCGUAUUUCCGAAUCCGUUUGCAUGGGAUUUUGUCGCAUAGUUGGAACUUCACAACAGGUGGCCAUGAGAAGGGACGUUACUGACAUCAGUGAUACAAUAGAAAUACAGAAAGGAGGGACAAUCGUUGGCUGUAAGAUGAAAAAUGGAAGUUAUAAAGAAGGAUUCAGACUCCAAGGAUCCGACAUUGACACCAUGUUCUGGUUACCUGAGAACCGAGUGAUCUGGAACAUAUCUCAGAUACGGUUUUACAAUCCAAACAGACACACAAUGAUUCUAUGUGACAAUUCUGAAAGUCCGCCAGGAUACACUUUACUUUGGUUACCAAUGGAAAGAGCCCGUGAUAAAGUUAUGGCAGCUACUCUGAGAGAAAAUAGCAGAUUAAUUGUAUCUAGUUCUAAAUAUAGAGAAAUCAUGUGUCCAUCAGUAUAUCCCGAUUCUAAACCGCAUGGACCAUGUGCUAGUGGUAUGUUGAGUGAUAUUAUGGAAUAUGACCAUGCCCACUGCUUUGUCAGUGACUUUUGGCCUCCAUGUGCCUCAUCGUGGAUUAACAGGUGUCGCGUAUGGCCUCAGCCUCAUGUUGCUAAAAAUAUUAUAAGAAAGGGAAGUCACGUUGUAGCAAUAGGGCCCAGACUAGAAAAUUAUAAAGACAUUGAAUGGAGAAUAUCCUUUUCUCAGGCAGAACAAAUUCUUGUGCGCUCAAUGAAUCACUACCAAUUCUUACUGUAUGGUCUUCUUAAAUUAUUCUUAAAGGAAGUACUAAACAAUGGGAUAAGAGAAGAUGAUAAAUUACUGUGUUCCUAUCACAUGAAGACAGCAGUUUUCUGGGUAGUUCAGCAAAACACAAUACUUGACUGGGGUCCACAAAAUUUCCUGCAGUGCUUCUGGAUUAGUUUUAAACUCACCCUUAAAUGGGUGUAUGAAGGGGUCUGUCCUAACUUUUUCAUUCCAGAAGACAAUAUAUUUCUUUCUAAAAUCUAUGGAGAGACACAACACAAUCUAUUCAUUCGACUGUAUGGAUUGUAUGAGAGGGGAUUGGUAGAAUGUUUGCUACAAAGCUCCUCCGUCAGCCCCCAUGUUAGAAAUGUUCAGUAUAAUCCCAGACUCGCCAUCUGUACAGAUGAACGCAAUGUAAUCUCGGAGGCUGAGUUUGAUUUAGAGCUGUUUCGUGAGAUAAUUCGUGAUAAUUAUGCACAAUCCACAUCUGAUCUCCGUCUCUGUGUGAAGGACUUACGUAUAGUAGAACAGCUAAUAGGUUCAUGUCUGACCAAGUAUCAAGUUGUCAUGUUGCAAAAAAUUACGGUCACAAUUCUUCAGAGCACGGUUUUUAUACUACACAAUCUACAAACUAACAUACAUGCAAACAAACAGAUGUAUGAUGCUGACAGAAAAUUUUGUCACAUGCUAAAAUUAGCAGCCAAGUUUGGGUUUGUGUCCGACAUGUUGCAGCUUGUCAUGUAUUAUUACAAGACCUUUAGAUACAAGAAAGCUAAACUUGCGAUAGAGAUGACAAAUUCUAGAAAAUAUCCAGAGAGAAAUAGAAAUGCUGAGGCGGUAGGGGAAAAGUCGUAUUCUAUGAAGAUGAGACAGACAGUAGCUGGAAUAAUCGCAAUUGAAAAUGAAAUUUGUUACAUCAAAGAGUUAACACCAGAACAACAGUCUAGUUCACGGAAUAGAAAGUUUUUAUUGCAUAUUCCACCGUAUGUUCUGUUACACAUGUUGGAAGUUUUGUGUUAUAUGCAUGUGGAACCCACGAAAGCGAAAGCAUCUCUCGAAAAUCUACAGUUGCUGGUCCGGUGUGAUAAAGGCGUGUUCGUUCCUAACCAUGUCAGAGAUAUAUCAUGGGAGAUUGUAGGGAUCUGUCAACAGGUGACAGGGAACCUCCAGUCUGCUCUCUACUCGUACCAACAAUCUCUCAGACAAAAACAAUUCAAUAAAAUACAAACCGCUACAAAAGAAAGAAUACAUAAUAUCAAAAAAUUAUUAUGAUUGUCAUUCUUUGUUAUAUAUAGAAAACAACAAUUUGUAAAUAUUAAAAGUC